ACAACAUAAAAAUUUAAUUACAUACGAUGAAUAUUGAUAACAAUAGGAGAGCGAUGAGUUUUUUUUUUCUGUCACGAAGAAAAGGUAAAUGGGGAUCAGGGCGUCCAAACCACUCUUCUGUUACUCAAAACUUUUCUGCAUCUCUGUCAUCUACCUCUUCACCACUCUCUUCUUAGUUCUUUACACUUAUUUAAUUUCUCCAACAAAUUGUCUAUUCAGAUAUUCCCCUAAUGAUCCUAUUCAAACCCCUCUCUUUCUUUACAAUUCUUCUUAUGGAGAACAUAAACAUGCCCUUCCUACUUUUCGUUCGUCCUGUAAUUCCCCUGUUUAUUUCUCAGAUUAUUGGAAUACUUUGAAGGAAAUGAAUGAAUUCAGUGAGAAUUCAACGUUACUUGGUUCGCGAAACAUGAGGUAUAUUCAGGGGAAUGCUGAUAGUUUUGGUGGGAAUUUCAGUAUCAAGAAGAGGUUUUCUUAUUUCCAUCGUCGUGGUGAUGAUGGAAUUGAAGUUCCUUGUGGAUUCUUCAAACGUUUUCCUAUCAGUAAUUUUGAUAGGAUUGCUAUGGAAAAUUGCAAGGGGGUAGUGGUUAUUUCAGCAAUAUUCAAUGACCAUGACAAAAUCAGGCAACCAAAGGGACUAGGUAAAGAGACACCCUACUCAGUAUGCUUUUACAUGUUUGUAGAUGAUGUGACACUCAAGGGACUUCAAUAUCACAACUUAAUUUCAACAACAUCAUUAGAGGAGAAUUCAGUGGGAGUGUGGAGAAUUGUGAUGGUUGAAAAAGAAAAUUUGUAUGAGAAUUCAGCAAUGAAUGGAGUUAUUCCCAAAUAUUUGGUUCAUAGGCUAUUCCCAAAUUCGAAAUAUAGCAUUUGGAUAGAUGCCAAAAUGCAACUAGUUGUUGAUCCAUUCUUGUUGAUUCACUCACUUGUUGUUAUGGAAGAUGUUGAUAUGGCUAUUUCAAGACAUCCUUUUUAUGUCCAUACAAUGGAAGAAGCCAUGGCAACUGCUAGAUGGAAGAAAUGGUGGGAUGUUGAUGGAUUGAAGAAACAAAUGGAAACAUAUUGUGAUAAUGGCUUGCAACCAUGGACUCCAGAAAAGCCUUACCCUUCAGAUGUACCAGAUAGUGCAAUAAUCUUGAGAAAACAUAGUGUGGCAACCAAUUUAUUCUCGUGCCUCUUAUUUAAUGAACUUGAAGGAUUUAAUCCAAGGGACCAAUUACCCUUUGCAUAUGUGAGGGACUUGAUGGACCCAAAACUGAAGUUGAACAUGUUUGAUGUUGAAGUAUUUGAACAAGUGGCAGUUGAGUAUAGGCACAGCCUUAAAAAUGAUGGGGUCACUAACCCAAAAGUGAUCCCCAAAAAGACAAAGAGGGCAAGCUCUAAAUUCCUUGUGAAUGGGACUAGUAGCAAGUGUGAUAGCUACCUUUUGAAAAUGUGGGGUGAAUCCCAAGAUUGAUUUCAUAAAUAUUUAAAGAGUUUAUUUUGUAUACAUUGAUAUUGUUUUAAGAAUUUUUUUAAUGUUAAAGUUAGAUAGGGUUUGACCAUAAAUUUUGAAAGUUUAUCUUCAAA